AUGGGAUCUGAAGAGAUAUGGUCACUGAGGCUUCUACGCGAGGGUUCGUUCUCGGAUUUUACCAUAGAAGCCAAAGACGGUGUAUUCAAAGUGCAUAAGUCAUUCCUGUAUUGCCACUCAGGCUAUUUUCGAGCGCUGCUUUCCGGACAGAAUGUGGAGGUCAAGGAAAGCAAAGUCAAAUUCGACGACAUCGAGGCUUGCCUUCUAGGCCGAGCAAUUCUGCUUUGCUACCACCAGCCUCAUCUCAUACACAGCCUCGACUUUCUGAGCAAGAACGCGACUUGGAAGGAUGACUUUGCGGAGGCAAACUCCAACAACUUUGUCGCAGCCAGACUUGCAGUCAAGAUGUAUGAAUUGGGUGACCGGUUUGACAUGCCUACGCUCACGGCCAAGGCCCGAAGAAUGUUUCUGUUCGCAUUGCGGAACUUCCCCUGGACAAAUCACAACGGCUUGACAGCUGAAGCAGCCGAUUUUGGCCAAGCGUUCUUCGCAGCGCCCGACGUGUUCAUGGAGAUCGUGCGUUCAGUCUAUAGCACAACGCCGUUUAGCGACAGAGGUCUCCGUAACAUCGUUCUGAUGACUCUCCACGAACGGCUUACCGCAGGCGAUCACUUCAAAGACUCAUUCGCCUUCCUCUGGCAGCUCCUCGACGAAACACCAGAAAUUGCCGCAGACUAUGCUCUACAUCCUAUCACAGACGAAUACUUCAUUUGCAAUUGGUGUAGGCUCAAAAAUCGCCACGUGCAAAGUCCCUGUGGCUGUCCCAAGCGUGAUCCUUGGUGCAAAAGCGAAAAGUGCAUGAAACAGCGCAGAAGCACCACCUUCUGCAUACAUUGCUACCAAAAGGAACCCUUCUGUCCGGAACGUGGUGAUAGUAGCGAUACUGGUGAUGGAUGA